AUGCCACCAAAGUCUACAAGAGCGGCUACGGCGACGCAACCGAGUCUCAAGGCCAGCUUUGCCGCCGUACGCAGCGCAAAGGGCGCGGCGGGGCUCACAGAGCAAAAGAAGAAGACUUUUACGCCCGUUGUUGCCGUAAAACCGACGGCAAAGCCCGACUUAGAGCCCAAACGAGCCGUCAAGCGCAAGAAGUCGUUUACCGAUGGCGAGAGCAGUGACGAAGACGAACCAGAAUCUCCGAUUUUGGAAACAGAAGAUGACCUCGAGGUUCAUGUGCUCCCUCAAACAGACGAUGAGAUUGUCGACGUCGAGUCGGAAGAGGAGGUCAAGCCAAAGCCCAAGCCAAAGCCAAAAGGCCGCACGUCCACUGGCAAGACGGACAAAGUCAUCGCCAAAGGUGCAACCGUUGCCACAGUCCAUGGAGAAAACGAGACAAAGGUUGAAAAGAUGCUUCGCACGUUUGAUCUUUCUUACCAGUACGGGCCCUGUGUCGGCGUCACUCGUUUGGAGCGUUGGAAGCGCGCAGAGGCAUUGGGCUUGGAUCCACCCAUCGAGGCAUGCUGUCCGGGACAUUCUUCUCAAGGGCGAGACUGA